GUUCUUUGGACUUUAAUCAGAAAGGUCAAAUUGCAAAAAAAAUAAUAAUUGUUGCAGCGUUUUGGAAAGAGGACUAGAGUCCUUCUGCAACUGCAAAGAGCCGAGAUGGCAGCGAAGAUUGUGGUUUUGCCUUCUCCUGUGUGCCUUUACGACGACCCCAUUCAGGUUAAAGUCGAGGGUCUCUCUGCACAGCAGGCUGUCACUCUCCGAGCAUGGCUGCAAGAUGAAACGGCAGAGCUCUUCCAGUCUUUCGCUUACUACAGAGCCGACGGCAACGGAGAGCUGGACCUGACGGACGCCGCAUCCCUGGGCGGGAGCUAUUCUGGGGUGGAGCCGAUGGGACUGCUCUGGUCUCUGGAGCCCAAGACCCCCUUUAAACGGUUGGCGAAGAGGAACGUGCUCACCCCUUUGUACGUCACUUACGAAGUGUACGAGGGUCACGGGGUCAGCGGCCAACUCCUGGGCCGGUGCGUCACUGAGAGGCGAUUCCUGGCCGAGGGGGUGACAAGGAUCUCUGUGCGAGAAGGCCGCCUCAAAGCCACGCUCUUUCUGCCCGCCGGCCCUGGACCAUUUCCAGGACUUAUUGACUUAUAUGGAACUGGAGGGGGUCUUGUGGAGUACAGAGCAAGCCUUCUGGCAAGUAGAGGUUUUGCUACACUGGCCCUUGCAUACUUGGCCUUUGAGGAUUUUCCAGCUUUCCCAGAGUUCCUUGAAUUGGAUUAUUUCGGUGAGGCAGUAGAGUUUUUGCAGAAACAGCAGCAGGUUAAAGCUUUGGCAAUUGGAGUUCUGGGGCUCUCUAAAGGGGCUGAUAUGGCCCUGGCUCUUGCAGCAUUUUGGCCGGGCAUUAAAGCAGCCGUCAGCAUUUCUGGCACUGGUUUCAAUAGUUAUAUCCCCCUGCGAGUGAAGGGGUUUACAAUCCCUGCCCUUUCUUAUAACCUGGAGAAGAUGAAGGCUGUUGGUGAUGCUGUGGAUUUAACUGAAAUCCUGGAUGAUCCUAGACACCCAGCUGCCUUGGAGUGCCGCAUCCCAGUGGAGAAAUCCUCAUCCAGAUUUCUUUUCUUGUCUGGGCAGGAUGACAGAAAUUGGCAAAGUGAGCGCUACUGCCAGGAAGCUGUUCAGCGCCUUCAGCAAAAUGGAUGUCAUGUGGAGUUCUACUGCUAUCCUGGGGCAGGGCAUCUCUUGGAACCACCCUAUCUGCCUUUGUGCUAUGCAUCUAUUAACAAGACAUUUUGGCUUACUAUGCUCUGGGGAGGAAAAUGGAGGGAACAUGCAAAAGCACAGGAAGAUGCCUGGCAAAGACUACAGAACUUUUUCAGACAGCAUUUGCAGGAUUCUAGCAUCAAGAGUUAUUUAUAAGCUGAGGCUUUUGUGUGUUUGUGAAGGCGCUAGUUACUAAUGUGAGAAUAGAGCAUAUCUCUCUAA